GUUGAUAUCAAAAUAUUUUUAUCCACUUACCAGAUUCUGGUUUAGAAUUUAAAUCUUUAAGUAAUAAGUUUUAUGGAAUGUGAUAUUUUAAGAAUUUGUUCAUUUGGUAUCUUUAGAGGUAACAUCUGUAACUGGAAGUCUGGAACUGUUUUCACAGAACUGCGACUUAACCCUUUACCGGAAGUUAUCUGUAAAAGCAACUUGGCAAAGUAUAUUCUUGAAUUUGGAUGUAUUAAUAUUGUACGACUUGUGCAGGCUGAAAGCAGAAAGGCAACUGAUUCGGAACCAAGCCUCGACGUGGCAUUUUACACUGUUUCCUGUCUGCUGAAAAAGCGCGAAAAUUGAUACACAAGUUCGUGGGAAAGUCUUUUAUCUCAACCAUCGCGCAGCCCUGGAGCAGAAUGUCGGGAGUUCUACGGCGUAAUGUGGGAUACCUUUCCUCGCAGGCGGGGGCAGCUGCUAAGAACAGCAGUGUAGUGGUCAAGUGUGUUUGUAUCGCCGUUUUCUGUUGCUAUUUCCUGACGUUCUCCCACAGUGCUGUACAGGCACUGACCGUUACCCCGGGCACAUUGCUCCCUCCGCGUUUCCACAUAUGGACAGCCUUCACAACAGUAUUCAUGGAGCUGCACUGGUGGCUGGUUGUUAUUGAUCUGAUCGUGGUGGGACUAUGCGCUAAACUUAUUGAGCCGAUGUGGGGCGCUCUGGAGAUGCUGGUCUUCUUCGAAGUGAUGAACUUCAGCGUGGUCUUCAUGACUGUUGUGAUUUAUUUUAUUGGAUAUUAUACCACUUUCCAUGAGGAACUCUUGUUCGACACGUACAUUCAUGGUUUAACAGGUUAUGUCGCUGCAGUUUGUGUGGCGGUUAAACAAAUUAUGCCAGACCACGUUCUUUUCAAAAUACCGGUGGCCGGAAGUAUUAAAUUCCGCAACCGAAAUCUUCCGCUGUUGUUGCUUUUGGGAUUAUUGGUUGUGUGCUCCUUGCAUGUCACGGAAUGGGUGUAUUUUUGGAUGUUUCUUUCGGGAACGUACGCAGGAUUUAUAUAUCUGCGGUAUCUCCAGAAGCAUUCUAAUGGGAAUCGUGGCGAUAGCAGCGAAGCUUUUGAAUUUGCCACUUUCUUCCCGAAUGUGUUACAGCCACCGGUAUCUAAAGUUGUUAAUAUUUUUCAUGGUGUUUUGGUGAAACUUCGGAUACUUAAAAAGCAGCAGAGAAAGUACAACUUCGCCGAAUCGCUACCGAGUGGAAUCAGUGUGACCUUACCAGGUUCGAGUCAGUUGGAUGCCGAACGAAGAAAACAAAUCGCUUUAAAGGCGCUGAAUGACCGCCUGAGCUCACCUGAAAUUCCCGCGGCGAGUGCUGUUCCAUGGCCGAGUUUAGUGGAUGAUAUUGAAGAGGAAAAGAAUGCCAGGAUCGUUAGCGAAACAUCCGAGUUAAUAAAAACGCUUCCAUCUUCCGCUGCAGAGGAACAGGAGCAAUCUUGAAUACUGGUUAACCGUUAGAGGGAUGCUUAUUUUUGGAUCUUGAAGUGCUUCGGUUUCGCUGUUAUUGCGGCUGCCUGCUGGUAUAAUUGUAACUCGAUCGGUUUACCGGUUAGAUUGCGAAGUUCUGACUGAUGUGAAAAUUUGUACUUCGAGGUUUAUGUGAAUGACAUUAACAUGUCACUUGUAGGCCUUGUCGUAUAUAUUGUGCUUGCCAAUAAUGCACUACUUACCUAAUUGCAUAAUAUGUUAUACAGAUUUAUACUGGUAGACGGUAGUGUACGCACUGUACGGCAUCAGUCGCCAUCGUUGCACGCAAAUGCGGAAGCGAGUGCAUUGUCCAACUUUUUUGUUCUCUGAUCGAAAAUAAUACGUAGCCGCUGUAUUGAUUUUUAUUUAUCUGUAAGUUG